AUGUUGACUAGUAUAUCUAUAGCCAUUGUGACAGAUGGCACUUCCUUCGCUCUCAAUGGCGACAAUGUGUCUUAUCGCUUCCAUGUGGACAAUAGCACCGGUGACCUUCUAGGAGAUCACUUCGGUGGCUCUGUUACAGGGAACAUUCCAUUGGAGUCGGUAGGCGAUGUCAAUGGCUGGGUUGGUACCACUGGCCGUGUUCGCCGUGAGUUCCCAGACCAAGGUCGAGGGGACUUCCGCAUCCCUGCGAUUCGCAUUCGCCAGUCGGCAGGAUACACCGUUUCUGAUUUGCAAUACCAAUCGCACCGCAUCAUUGCGGGAAAGCCUGCCCUGCCUGGAUUGCCCGCCACAAUGGGAAGCGAAGAAGAUGUUAGCACUUUGGUGGUCAGUCUAUACGACAAGUAUAGCGACGUUGCGGCGGACCUGUCGUAUUCGAUCUUUCCCAAGUACGAUGCCAUCGUGCGUAGUGUCAAUGUCACGAACAAUGGCAAGGGAAAUAUUACCAUCGAGUCGCUAGCUAGUCUGAGCGUGGACCUGCCGUACGAAGAUCUCGAGAUGAUCAGCCUGCGGGGAGACUGGGCGAGAGAGGCCCACAAGGAGAGAAGAAAGGUCGAGUAUGGCAUUCAAAGCUUUGGAAGUUCCACUGGCUACUCGUCACACCUCCACAACCCAUUCUUGGCGUUGGUCGAGCCAUCGGCCACUGAGUCUCAUGGAGAGGCAUGGGGUUUCUCGCUAGUGUACACAGGAUCGUUUUCAGUGGACGUUGAGAAGGGGUCCCAGGGUUUCACCCGCGCACUUCUUGGCUUCAACCCUGGUCAGCUUUCCUGGAAAUUGGCCCCCGGAGAGACUCUCGCAUCCCCGGAAUGUGUUUCUGUGUACUCCAAGAAUGGUAUUGGAGGCAUGUCACGCGCCUUGCAUGGUCUGUACCGCAAGCAUCUCAUCAAGAGCAAGUUUGCCACCAGUGAUCGCCCUGCCCUUCUCAACAGCUGGGAAGGACUUGGCUCUACCUUCAACCAAAGCAGUAUCUACAACCUCGCGAAGGAGGCCGCGGAGGUGGGCGCCAAGCUCUUCGUCUUGGAUGACGGCUGGUUUGGAGACGAGUACCCUCGCAUCUCUGACGAGGAAGGAUUGGGUGACUGGGUGCCCAACCCUGCACGUUUCCCCGAUGGCCUCGAGCCCAUUGUGAAGAAGAUCACCGAUCUCAAGGCCGCAAACACGUCAACCAACUUGCGCUUCGGUAUCUGGGUGGAGCCUGAAAUGGUCAACCCUAACUCGACACUUUACCACGAGCACCCAGACUGGGCCUUGCACGCGGGACUGUACCCACGAACAGAGCGACGUAACCAGCUCGUGCUCAACCUUGCCCUCCCGGAGGUCCAGGACUUCAUCAUCAAGUCCGUCUCGGAUAUCCUCAACAGUGCGGAUAUCAGUUAUGUCAAGUGGGACAACAACAGAGGUAUCCAUGAGAUGCCUUCCCCUGCCACGAACCAUGCCUACAUGCUCGGCAUGUACCGUGUCUUCGACGAACUGACCACGAAGUUCCCCGACGUUCUCUGGGAGGGAUGUGCCUCGGGUGGAGGUCGUUUCGACCCAGGUGUUCUGCAGUACUUCCCUCAGAUCUGGACCUCUGAUGACACGGAUGCCGUGGAGCGUAUUUCCAUUCAGCUUGGUACUUCCCUUGCCUACCCACCUAGCGCAAUGGGCGCUCACUUGUCCGCCGUGCCAAACCAACAGACCGGUCGGACUGUCCCUGUUGCCUUCCGUGGUCAUGUAGCUAUGAUGGGCGGCUCGUUCGGUUUGGAACUCGACCCAGCUGAGAUGACUGCUGAGGACAAAGCCGCUCUCCCGGGUCUCAUUGCUCUCUCGGAGAAGAUCAACCCCAUCAUUCUGAAUGGUGACUUGUGGCGGUUGAACUUGCCAGAGGACUCGAACUGGCCUGCUGCUUUGUUCAUUGGCGAGGAUGGCAAGCAGGCAGUGCUCUUUGUCUUCCAACUCGCACCUAACAUCGAUCACUCUUGGCCGCGUAUUAGGUUGCAGGGCUUGGAUGCGCAGGCGACAUACAAGAUUGAUGGCAACGCCACCUAUACUGGUGCAACUCUGAUGAAUCUUGGCUUGCAGUUCCCCUUCUCGACUGAUUACGGAAGCGAGGUUGUGAUGCUAGAGAAGCAAUAG